UUAUCCCAUCACCAUACCCCAAAAUGAACGCUCACGCACCCAACCGCACCCACAAACACCCCAUCCAACCCCCCAGUCACCAAUCCAAACACCUCACCUCCAAAACACCCUAACCCAAUAAAGCCCCUUGAAGAACUUAAAACCCAAAACUCUGAAGAUACCACAUAUUUCUUAAAUAAAGCACAAGACCAGGAAGAGAAUAGAGUCUUAGAAGAAUGUAUGGCAGUGAAGGAGAGCAUGGAAGAAGUUAGAUUGGAAGGACUGCCGGAAGGAUUUGAAGAGAGGGAGAAGAGAGUGGAGGAGGUCAAAGGGGUUAUUGAUAGGAAUGGAGAGAGAGUGAGAGAGGAGACUGAGAAGGUAGAGAGAAGGAUUUUGGAAGAGAGGGAGGUACUGGAAGGGGGUGUUGAGAGGGGAUUUGAUGGAGAUGAGAGGAAAGAGGAGGAAGAGUGGCUGGAUAUAAAUGCCUUCGAAAUAAAGUCAAAAAUAAAGCAUGGAAAUCCAUCAAGUAAUGCUCAAGAACAACUACAACUAGCUUCAGAUUCAUUAGUAAAGCUGGCAGAUAAAUUAAAGCACAAAAGUUCAAAAGAGGACAAUUCUGAAGCAUCAAAGUUAUCAAUAAAGGAUUCAGAGAUGGUUAUUAAUGUCCCAAACCUGCCAGAAUUACCUCAUUGACCAAGCUUGGAUUCUGUCGAUAGCAAAUUUUACACUGAACUCAUUUCUAAGCUUCAGAAAAUGAGCAAAAUUAACCCAAAAGAAAUAAAAUUUGAGUUAACCAGAAAUGUAUCAAGCUUUGUUAAUGAAUCCUCAGAAAUUGAAAAAGAUGUUCCAAAACAACUUCUUACUUAUGAAAAUAUCAUCCCAGACAGUGAAGAAAUCUUUGCUGAAAAUAUCCCAAACCAAAAUAAAAUCAGACCAAUGAAGUUCAAUAAAGAAUUAAAAUUUAAACUCUCCAAAAAGAGAGAAAGAACAACUCUACGUAAAAAUAUUGCAACCAAGACAAGAUAUUACUCUCGUGGAAGUACUCCAAACCACUUAUCUAACAAACCUCUCAAAAACCUGCGUGUUCCAUCCAGAAAAAGAGCGGAAAAGUCGCUUCAGAGUCAAAGCUUUAAUUUCCAAAAAGAGCAUUUGACAAAGAAGCAUAACUAUCUGACACAGAAUAACUCUGAACAAAAACGGAUGGAUAGUGAUUCAGAACAGGUGGAAUAUUUUGAGGAGAGUUGUGACCAGAGUGAAGUUUUGGGGAUUUGAAAGAGUUUGAGAGAACACUUCGAAACCCUCGAAUCCGACAGAGACAAAGACCUCAACUACCACUCAAGCCAAAGCACAUAUUUAGAAGAAAGAAAGCAGCCUGGCCUAAUAGAAGAGGACGGACAACAGGAACAGCAGACUGAUGGAGAGACUAAGCACAGUACGGAUUUGGAGAAUGAUAAGAAGAAUAGAGGAUUUGAGAUAGGAAAGAUAUUGAAGGAGUAUGAAGAUUACAUGAAGAAUAAUAAAGAGGCAAAAGAGAUAGUCAAAAAUAUUAGGAAGAUCAAUUUGAAAAUUUAUAAAGAGGAGAAUAAUGAGUAUAUGUACGAACACACAGACCACUCCGGCAACACCUUCUUCGAACUAGGUCGCUAUGCAAACCAAAUAUCUUCAGUCUUCGACUUCCAAAAACUCGAGUGCCAUAAACUAGCCAAAGCUUUGAGGUUAAGAACGGAGAGGAAGAACUCGGCAGAUGGUAGAUUCUGGAAAUAUUUUAAUAAAGUAUUAAAGUUCUUCUCGGAUUCACAUUUGAAGAAAAGUAAAAUGAAGUUAAAAUUACAAAUCAUUUGGAAUCAUAGAAAUAUUACUAAUAAAGAUGUUGCUGAGGUUAUCCAAAUCCUAGGCUUCAUUAGCGAAAUAGAUCAAAUUUCAAGCUCUUUAAAAGCCUCUCCAAAAAAACGUUUGAAAAGUUGCAAAAAGAAGAAAUUCGAUCAAAAUAUGAUAAAGAAUAUCCAUUCAAAGAAAAAAGAUUCAAAUAUUGCUUUUGAAAAUAUUAAGAAUAUGCUGCAAAGACUAGAAACUACAAUUUCUCACAAAGAAGAUCCUAUUAAGCAGAUCCAAAGCUGAAAGAAUUUCCCCAAAAACUCUCAGGAGUCAAUCUCGAUGUCUGAAUUGAAAACAAUAGUUGAACAAAAGGAUGAGGAAAUUAGAAAACUCAAGAAAGAAAUUACACAGAUUAAUAAUAAAUUUUCUAAAUUUAGAGAUGAGAAGAAUCUCGAACUUUCAAGAAUAAUAGAACAGGCUGAUAUUCAAGACAAUAAAAUGUCUUACGAUAAACUUCAAUCUGAAUAUAUUCUUCUACUUAGAAGAGCUAAUGAUGCUAAAGAGAAAUAUAGAAAAGAGCAUCUGAAGUUUAGGAGAGAAGCUAAGAGAUGGAAAGAAAUUUCUGAUGAUGCAAUUAAAUAUAUGAAAAAUUCUAUGGAUUGACAAAAUAAUAACAAGAGGGUUGUUAAAAAGUUCAAUUCAAAUAUUGACAAAAAAUUUAAUAAAUAUUCUUCUGAAAUUGAGAAGUAUAACACUAAACAAAAAUAUCACCAUGAUAAAAUGUACUCUGCUAUCAAAACUCUACAAGAUCAUAAUAUCUUUUUGAACAAGCAGAAGGAUGAUCUCCUCAACUCAAUCACGAAAUCUUUGGCUAAAAUUAACUCUGAUUUGCACUACUUUAUGGACAAAUUGGUGAUACCCGAGAAAACAUGCCCCCGCAAUCACUACUCAGAAACUUUGUGAAGAACAAAGGCCAAACUGCUAACACUGUUGUACAUCCAGCAAGGUCAUCUAGCAGAUCAAACCAAGUGGGAGAGACAGGUCAAAGAGUUACAGAGGAGAAGGAAGCAGCAGGACCAAGAGAGCAUGUACAUGGAAUAUGAAGGAGCAAUCAUCGGGCUGAAGAGAGUCAGAGAAGUAGUAGAUGAGAGUUCAAGUGCAAUGGUAUUACCUGUUGAAGGAAGCUUGGAUUUGAGUUGCUUAGCUGAUGAUUUUAGUAAUGUGAGGAGAAUGGCUGGAUACGAAUUUGAGAAUGCUUGUAAUGUUUAUGCUAAGCAACAAGAGAGUAUAAAAGUGGGAGAUGCAGUAGUGUUUCCAGCUGGAAACUUGAAAUAUGAUAAAAUUAUUGCUGCAUUUUGACCCCAUCAUGAAGAAGAAGUUGGCAAAUUGGGGUCGAUCUUUUUCCUUAACAAGACUAUUGAAAGAAUAUUAUAUCUGUCAAUACUUCAUGGAUUGAACUCAAUUUUAAUUCCUUCAUUCUGUACUGAGAAAUCUAAAUUUCCAGUAGAAUUAUAUGCUCACACAGUGAUAAAGACUGUGAAAGAUUACAUCAAACAAAAUAAAACAGAAAUGGAAGAUAAAAGAAUCACAAUCUGUUAUUCCAACCCUGAGGAUGAACAAUUUUUCACAGAUUUAAUACACGAAGAGGAUCUUCAAUUCCCACAAGGAUAUUUUAAUGCAAAGUUUCCAUGCACUGAAGAAGAAUAUAGAAUUAAUAAAAUGGAGUUAGAAAUAGAAGAACAUCAGAUCAAAAUUUCAGAUUUACUUAGAAUAAAUACAGACAUAAAAUUAGAAAAUAAGCAACGCAAAGACAAUAUUGAUUCAUUAAAAUUUGAGAUUAAAGAGUUAAAAUUAGAGAAUGCUUCUAAUAAAAAGAAAUGAAUGAAACUUCAAGAGGAGUCAAAAGAACCCCCUCGUAUGAUUAAAGUACCCAAAGCUCUCAGAACAAAAUACAAUAAGGAAGAUAUAACAAUGAUUAAUAAAGAAAAGAACACGUUAAAGAAGAACCUAAAACCCAUGGAAAAGGAUAAAGCUCCAGAAUUUGAGAAGAAGUUACUUUUGUCGACAACUUCACAGGCCAAUAACCAUAUCUCCGGAAUUUCAUACGAAACAAGCUCUCCUCCAAGUGGAAUAACCGACAGUAGCCUUUCAUCUGAAUAUGUUGAAGGACACAUCGGAUUAUUAGGUCGCAAAGGAUCUGGCAUUAUUAAAUUCGAAUAAACCCACACUACAAGAAUUAAACAGAGUAGAAUCCCCUUUCAGACAAUUCACUCAAAUCUAAAGGAGGUUUCUCAAAGCAAGGCUCUGUAUUAAUUAAUUCUUCUAUCCAACAUUCUGUC